UAGGGCAAAAGAGCAGCAAAUCAGAGUGCCCAGAGAUAGAGACGGCGCGAAGAUAGAGAAAGAGAUACAGAAUGGCGGAAGAAGCCAUAUUAGGUCAUCUGGAGAAGAAUGACGAAAUCUCCGAUUCAGGCGACUUCGCUUCCCAAAGCGGAAUCGACCACAACGAGAUUGUCAACGUCAUCAAGAGCCUCCACGGUUUCAGACUCGUCGAUGCUCAGGAUAUCAAGAGGGAAAAGUGGGUGCUCACCAAUGAAGGCAAGUUAUAUGCUGCGGCUGGCUCACCGGAAGUGCAAUUGUUCUUGGCCGUACCACCUGAGGGCAUAUCACGAGAAGAACUGCAGAGAAAGGUUGACCCCUCGGUGUACAAAAUAGGUUGCUCACAGGCCAUAAAGAAUAAAUGGUUGGAGAUAGGAAAACAACAAGUGUCCAGAAAGGUUCAACAAGUGGAGGACACAGCCAAAGAUCUGCUUACACGGAUCCAAAAUGAGGAGGCACUUAGCCAAGCUGACAUUGACGCUCUCAAACGAAGAAAGCUUAUUGCUCCGCAGACAUGGAAAGGUUACUCAGUGAGAAAAGGUCCUAAUUAUGCUCCCAAGAGAAAGAAAGUUGCUACUGAUUUGACUCGAGAAAAUCUGCAAAGGGGUGAUUGGAAAGAGCUAGAGUUCAAAGAGUAUAAUUUCAAUGCCAAAGGUCAACCUGCUGAAGGUGGCCAUCUUCAUCCAUUGCUCAAGGUACGGCGACAACUGCAGAUGAUUUUUCUCCAAAUGGGUUUUGAGGAGAUGCCAACAAACAAUUUUGUUGAAAGCAGCUUCUGGAAUUUUGAUGCACUGUUCCAGCCACAACAACACCCUGCUCGUGAUUCACAUGAUACCUUCUUCCUGCAAGCUCCUUCCACUACAAAGAUGCUGCCUGAAGAUUAUGUUGAGCGGGUGAAGCAUGUUCAUGAGCAUGGUGGUUAUGGAUCCAGAGGAUAUGGAUAUGAUUGGAAAAGGGAGGAAGCAAACAAGAACCUACUGCGAACUCACACCACUGCUGUUUCCUCAAGGAUGCUUUACUUGCUAGCACAGAAACCUUUUGCCCCUAAAAAGUACUACUCCAUUGAUCGUGUUUUCAGAAAUGAAGCUGUUGAUCGAACACAUCUUGCAGAGUUUCAUCAGAUAGAAGGCCUUGUAUGUGAUAGGGGGCUAACUCUUGGCGAUCUGAUUGGAGUCUUACAGGACUUCUUUUCACGUCUAGGAAUGUCCCAGCUACGUUUCAAGCCUGCUUACAAUCCAUACACUGAACCCAGCAUGGAAAUCUUCAGUUAUCAUGAAGGCUUGAAGAAAUGGGUAGAGAUAGGAAAUUCUGGCAUGUUCAGACCUGAAAUGUUGCUUCCUAUGGGACUCCCAGAAGAUGUCCGGGUUAUUGCAUGGGGCCUUUCCCUUGAGAGACCAACCAUGAUAUUGUAUGGUGUCGACAACAUUCGAGAUCUCUUUGGGCACAAGGUGGAUCUUGGACUCAUCAAGAGAAACCCAAUAUGUCGCCUUGGAAUUGAGUAGAUUACAGAGCAUACCUAUCAUAUAUUAUCAAAAUUUUUCUCUUAUAUUGGACACUCUAUUGAGUUCAUUCAUGUCCCCAGUAACACCACUGAUCUUGGGGGAAUAUAUGCCUUAGGCAACUUACGGGAUUAGAUUGGCUGUUAGGAUGUGCCCCCAUAGAGUUGUUUGAUAACUGGGUCUUGUAUCUUUUUGCUGGGAGGUGAUAACUUCAUCUGGUCUUAAUUAAUUUUAUUUUACUGUGGCUGUUGCCCAAAUGCCCACUUUGGUAGAGGACUACUAACUUAAGUAUGAUUUUCUGUUUAUAUAUACAUAUUUGUUUUAUAUUACA